CGUUCCCUGAAGAUGCAGAAUCUGGUGUGUACAUGGGCCGAGAUAAUCGUCUUCGAGCCUAUCACCAUUCAAUAUGCAGCCUUGACGCAGCAGUUUCUUCACAAUCCUCAGACCCCUUGAGGGCUGUGCCAUGCCUGAGAGUGUAUAAUAGUACUAUAGACCCCGGGCUUGUCUUUCCUCCAGCGCCUGUUUAUUUGCGAUUACCUCUUCCGUGGUGAAAUUCUACAACCGUCUAACAGACUUUUGAAUAGCACAUAAGAUACAGUGUUAGGAGAGAGAACUCGCCAAUGAGCAUCCUAUUGCGAUGUAUAGACCUAUGAUCCUCUACUAUUGCGCUGUCUUCACUCUUUUUUUGGCACGCUCCGCAGCGCAGGACUACACGGACGUUCAAAAUGAAGCCGGAGCAUCGGGUCCAUCGUCAGAUUCAGUGGGCGUCUCAUCAAAAGGAAUGAUCGCUCUCUGUACCAUUGUUGGUGUGGUUGUGGUCAUUGGAUUAUCCUCAACAGCUCUUUUCUUCGUCGCCAAAAAGCGCCAAUGGGCGAUGCGAGAGACUAUUCGUCGUUCUGCACGACAAGUCGUCCAAGCGAUCAAGACGCCCUUGACUCCCAGAUUCCCGAAGGUCCCUGAGCAGCUCAGAAGAACCCAGACGAAAGAAGACCAGAAUGAAACAAGGAGCCAGAGACUCAAUGACCUGGAGAAAGGGUUCAAGACUUCGAACUCGAGCAACUGCUCUGUCCAGAUCACUGCCGGCAAACAAUCCCAAGGCAACGAGAAGAAGACCAGGGGUUGGGGAUCACGUUUCGCAUUCAAUCGCUCGUAGAUCAAAUGCGUGGGAAACCCGCUGAUGCAAGAGAGACACGGGGGUCUUCCUGUCGUUGGUUCUUUUUAUGAGUUUGCUACGAUUUCUCAUGUUCCAUUUGUCCUUCUUCUGUGGAGUUAGAGGCGAGAGACAUGUGCACCUUGAUUUCAAUUGUAACGAUUCCCCUUGUUUAUCUAUUUGAUGUUAUGUUAAUGCUGAGCUCAGAGCUUCAUGUAUGUUCAUCCGCAACCAUACCCUUGAAAUCCAAACAGUAUGAGAGGGUUUGCUCUAAUGUUCCUGAAACAUCGAAGUUUCGG